CCCCUCACUGCAUGUAUUUUUUGUCUAUAGCUUUUUACAUUUUUGAAGCAUUUUAUUAAACCACCAUUUUUAAGAUGUGUGAUUUCAACUCAAAAAAUCUGGGUCGAUGCUUGUGUAUCAUCACUGGAGCUUCGAAAGGGUUUGGACGGAGUCUGGCACAGCAGGUUCCACAUAUUCUCCAGGCUGGCUCUAGAGUCUUAUUGGUGGCUCGGAGUGCUCUACUGCUUGAAGAGUUGAAAACAGAACUGGAAAACCUGACUGUUCCUCGGGGUCUGGUGGUCCACUGUGUAGCAGCAGAUCUGAGCACCACAGAGGGGGUGGCCACGACACUGCAGGCUGCAACAAGAGGAAAUGUGAAUGACUUCAAUCACGUGCUUGUCAUUAAUAAUGCUGCCUCUUUAGGUGCCAUCUCCCAGUUCUCCAGCUUCACUGACCCAGCUGAAGUGAAUGCCUACAUUUCCUUUAACAUCAGUUCGGCUCUGGCUCUGACCGCUGGGGUUCUGCAGGCGUUCCCCAAAAGACCAAACCUGAGGAGGACUGUGGUCAAUGUCUCGUCUGUGUUUGCUCAUAAACCGCUCCCACGCUGGGUCCUGUACUGUACCGCCAAAGCUGCCCGAGAUAUGAUGUUCAAAGUAUUGGCCACAGAAGAAACAGAUGUUAAAGUGCUCAGCUAUUCUCCAGGACCCAUGGACACAGAGAUGCAGGAGGAGAUCUUCAGAAAGACGGGUGUCAGUCAUGACUUGCUGCCUUGCCAAAAACCUGGAGCUAAACUUCUGAAUCUGGUUCUGGACAGUAACUUUCCUUCUGGAGCACACGUGGACUUUUUUGAUCAGUGA